AGCGAGUCGUGUGUGUGGAGCUUGAAGGGUUCCGUCGACCCGGCUGAUCCGAGCCGAACCGUGACAGCGGGGACACGAAGAAGAGGAAGCUAAAGAAGAAAAACAAGCCAGCUCAAAGAGAUUUAAUUAAUUUAAAACCAUCUUUAACACAGUUAUUCAUGCGGAUAUUUUAACUGCAGCUGGAGACUUUGAUUAUUUUCUGUGUAUAAUUACGCGGGUUUUUUUUUUUUGCACGAGCGUGGACCUGUGACACGUGCAAUUUGUAAAGAAAAAACAACACGGAGAGAAGAAGAAAUGGAGAAAUCAAACGGCUACUCGUCCGAACGGAACAUCCUCUGCCUGUUUGACGUGGACGGGACCUUGACAGCACCUCGAGAGAAAAUCGAUCCCCAGUUGGACGAGUUUUUCCAGACCCUGAGGAGGAAAGUGAAGAUCGGCAUCGUGGGAGGUUCCGACUACUCAAAGAUAGCCGAGCAGCUCGGGGAGGGGGAUGAUGUGAUACACAAGUUUGACUAUGUCUUUGCUGAGAACGGGACAGUGCAAUACAAAGAUGGGAAACUCCUCUCAAAGCAUGCGAUACAGAACCAGAUCGGCGAGGAGCUGCUCCAGGACCUCAUCAACUUCUGCCUCAGCUACAUGGGGCUCAUCAAACUGCCAAAGAAAAGGGGAACGUUCAUUGAGUUCAGGAAUGGAAUGCUCAACAUUUCCCCCAUCGGGCGGAGCUGCACACUGGAGGAGCGAAUUGAAUUCUCUGAAAUCGACAAGAGAGAGAAGAUCAGGGAGAAAUUUGUUGCCGCCCUGAAAGAGGAGUUUGCUGGGAAGGGACUGCGGUUCACUAAAGGCGGCCUCAUCAGCUUCGACAUCUUCCCAGAGGGCUGGGACAAGAGGCUGUGUUUGGAGCAGCUGGCCAGCGAAAGUCUGGACACCAUCUAUUUCUUUGGCAACGAGACGUCAGAUGGGGGAAACGACUAUGAGAUCUUCAACGACCCGCGGACUGUCGGCUUCACGGUCUACUCCCCGGAGGACACGGCCCGCUUCUGUCGGGAGCUUUUCUUUAAUGCUUCACCCCACGAGCCCUGACGUCCUGGAAUGCCCCCACCUCCCCUCCACCCUUCUUCGGCCCGCUGGUACGACAACGAGCAACACCGGCCCAUAUUUUAACUGCUGAAAAGUACUACUGAUCAUGUCAUUAUUAAUAGGAUUACUCUAAAGACCAAUAGGCCGCAGCCGGGUGAUUUGACUAAAUCUGCGCAAUAAAUCCGGCUGCUUUUUUAUUCUGUUUUAAAAAAAAUUGAGAAAGUGUUAAAUGUUGAUGUAUGUGAAGGUUUUAAAUACUGUGUAAAGUGUAAAGGCACUGUGAAGCAUGUGAGGAGCCAAAAAAAGCAUGGAGAGAUUCUUAAAUAUUCAGCAGUGUUGGAUGAUGUAGAAUGAUUCUUGCACGUUGGUGUAGUCGUGUUGAUCACUGCUGAAGAAGGAGAGUGAAGCGAAGCCGGUGAGAAGGAUCUGCUGGUGUUGGGAGUCUGCAGUUGGCGACGUAUAAUUCACUCCAGGUAUUUCCAUGUCUCUGCAGCGCUCUGAGCUGGAUGAGAUGUAUUCUUUAUUUACUGUGUAAUCCCGUAAAUUUCAAAUAUUCAGUUCAGAUUUCUAUUUAAAAGCUCAACAUUAAUGAUGCAAAAGAACAUAACCAGUGAAUUAAGCUACUGUGACCAAGUCACUCUGCAAACCUUUGUCAGUUGAUAUGACACUUGAUAUUACUUUGUAUGUAAAAUAUUUUUACGAGCUGGGUCGUGUCCUGCACGCUGCCUGGCUGCUUGUAUCCAUGCUUAUUGCUAAUCUUUUUCAGACGUAGUUUUUAACAGAUGCUUAAAGGGUUUUUUUAAGUAACUUUUAAAAUUUUGAAUAUUGAAAUUUUGUUUUGUUUAGAAAAAAAGAGCCUCCUGGAUAUAUCUUUGUAGUAAAUAUGAAGCUUUUGAUGAAUCCUCAGCUGCAGUUCUGUGUGUACACUCCUUCCACAAAUAAGACUUAAUGGAUCAUGUCGACAACCACAAGCAGGGAAUUAAUUCAUGUUAAUGUUUCACUGAUUAAAGAGAUCGAUCUUGUUGUCUCUCAGUCAUUUAUGGAUAAAAAAGGAAUUUGUUCAAUUCAUGGUAACAAAGCUUUUUUGAUAACAUCA